AUGCCGUCAAUUCCUGUCCAAAGAGCUUCAAUACGGACUAGACAAGCGAUGAUACGACUUUCAGCGGUCGUAUCUCACAGAGGAAGCAUAAGGGAUGUACCCAAUGAAGUAUGGGAUACACUAGUAAACGACUUAGCUAAAACGAUAGAAAGUGUAGAGAAUAUUAAAGUUAAUGCUGUAAAGUUUUGUAAAGUGUUAAGAGAUAUGCUCACUGUAAUGACGUCAUUAUCGACUGAUUUUAGUGGAUCCUUAAUAGACAAAGAUAGCCAAGAAGUAAAGGACAGUCGACAAUGCUAUUGUGAAGGAGUUGCUUCUCUACGUGCGAAUUGUAUUAUUCAGGGUAUUUCUAUUUUGGAAGAUAACUUGAUUCCUUAUUUGCAAGAGUUCAUUUUUGAGACAAUGGAUCUACAAAAAUUAUGUGAAGAACGUUUCUGGUACAAGCUUAAUCACGAUCAUUAUGUGCAAAAAGUUGAUGCAAUAAUGAAGGAUCCAAAUCACAAAGAGGAUAAAUUGCGUCGCGUUCGUUUUCUUCAUUCACUUAAACACAGAAUCAAGAAAAGCUUCAGAAUUCCCAGAAGCAACUCCAACUCAUCGAAACUCCCUUGCUCAAUCGACUCAACGACUUUGAGACGAAGCGAGAAUCCACGUUGGCCUACGCUUUCUCCACGCUGA